ACAUAGUUGCAUUCUCCUUUCUCCUUAAACCCUGAGGCUUCUUCUUCUUCUCAAUAGCCAUGGGUUUCUUCGACCUCAACAUACCCUACGAUGACCAUUCAUCUUCAUCUUCAAGCAGUGCUAAUCGCAUCAAGACUGUGGCCAAAAUCAUGGAGCUCGGCUACUCCGGUAUCGCCUACAACCGUACAAUCAAAGGAGUAAUGUCCGACCGGGAUCGCUGUUCUAUUCCCGUUCUCAACGUUUCAUCACUUCACAGUAUCCUUCCAUCCUUCUCCGCUUCCGUAGAGUUCCACCGCGAUCUUCUCGGCGUCCCACGGUCUUCUCCUUUCCGUCAGUACACGCGUCUUACUAUUUCUAUCAACACUAAUAGCGAGGUUCUGGCCGUCAAUUCUGGCAACCUUAUUCUCAAGACCUACGAUUUGAUUGCUGUUAAGCCUCUUAAUCAGUAUGCCUUCGAACAGGCUUGCGAGAAAUUGGAGAUAGAUAUAAUUGCCAUUGAUUUUGCGGAGAAACUGCCUUUCAGGUUGAAGCAAGGUUCGAUAAUAUCUGCAAUUAAGCGUGGAGUUUACUUUGAAAUCAUGUACUCUGAUCUUCUUUCGGAUGUUCAUGAAAGGAGGCAAAUGAUAUCCACUGCUAAGAUCUUGGUGGAUUGGACAAAUGGAAAAAAUCUCAUAUUAUCCAGUGCUACCCCCUCUGUAAAUGAAAUCAGAGGACCUUACGAUGUUGCGAACUUGUCAUCAUUGCUUGGUGUCUCUAUGGAACGUGCAAAAGCUGCUGUUUCAAAAAAUUGUAGGAAUCUCAUAGCUAAUGCUCUAAAGAGAAAGCAGUUCUACAAGGAGACCAUUCGAGUUGAAAGGAUAUCAUCAGAUGAUAAAUUAGAUCUGAAUGACCCUUGGUCAGUGGAUUUGUUCAAAUGGGAUCCUAUGUCAAGUGGAGAAGGUGAUUUGCUAUUGGAUGAUAUAGCUAAAUCUUUUGCUGCUUCUAAUGAAAAAUCAAAAAAUGUGAAAGCCAUCGACUUCACUUCAAUAGUUGACAACCUGCCACCACAAGGUUUUCUAGUCAAGGAUGUAAUAGAAUGCUCUGAGGCAAAACUUUCGCUGAAUGAUAAGCAAGAUUUGUUGCCUGUUACUGAUGCCAUUGAGCCACAGAUUGCAGUAAAUGGAGUAAUGCCACCACAAGGUUUUCUAGUCAAGAAUGUAACAGAAUGCUCUGAGGCAAAACUUUCGUUGAAUGAUAAGCAAGAUUUGUUGCCUGUUACUGAUGCCAUUGAGCCACAGAUCGCAGUAAAUGGAGUAAUUCAACAGUCCCAUACUCUUGAUGAAGAACACCGUCCUUUAUCUGAUCGUCUAUCCUCUAUAAUUGAAAAUUCUAAAAUUUCACAUUCACAUGGUAAUGCAGAAGAACUUCCUAGUAAUUCCGAGGAACAAAAAAGCAAUGUUGAUGAAAUUGUGCCGCCUGAGAUCUUAAUGCAGGAAGAACCUAUUGAAAUGGAUGUUGAUAAUCUGCAACCAAAAAACCCGACACUGACUAGCGAGUUAAAUGUAGUAUCAACAAAUGAGCUUGUGCAUUCUCCUACAUCUACCAAAGAUGUAUCAACUGUUGCUUUCGGGAAUGACAGAACAGAAACUUUAAAAAUAGAGGAUCUUGAUUCUUAUCAGAAUGAAUAUGGUCUAGAAAAUUCUGUUACACUGUCUGAUUCAGAAGAUGUGUGUAUAGAAAAGAAUUCAACUAAUUUGAUUUCAGAAGAUCAAGAGCAUGUGGGAAUGGUAGUAGACGUUACAUUGACAGCUGAAGAAUGUUUACAUAGUGCAAGACUUGGGGAGCCUGCGGAGGUGGCAGUAGCCGAAAAUCAGGUUUCUCCCCUUGAUUCUUGCACGAGUGACACUAUAGAUCAUUAUCAACAAACAUCUGAUGUGUUAAUGGACGAUCAAGAAAGUGGAGACGCUGACCCGCAGAUCACACAACAGCCUUCAGAUCAGCCUAUCACUAGCGUGAUGUCCACAGCAAAUGCAGGGAAACAUUUAUCAAAACGGGAAAGACAUCAUCCAGCAUCGAAGCUUCCUCUCCGACGGUUAAUCCCUCUGCCCUUCAAGAAAGCUUGCAAAACAAAUAUAGAAAAAUGCAGAUCAAAACGGAGGAGGCAUCACCUGGGGCUAUUGCUUCCAUUUAAGCGCUCAAUCAAUCACCUAGCCUUCAAGAAGGCCCGCAAAACUAAAUGCUAGCAGUAAAUUUUUCUUUGGUUUUAUUUUUCUUGGUUUAUAUUCUUCCAUCCUGUUUAUAAUACCUUGGGUAUGCAUUUCGCACCAAUUUGAUCUCCAUGAAUUGUUUUUUGAUAUCAAAUAACGAAAGGUUGUUCUUUCUUCCUUCCUUUUUCCCCCCAUAACAUUGUAUUGAGUGUUUUGACCAACAUUGUAUAUAUGAUGCUAGAGAAGUCAUAGGACAUUCAAUAUCUUGGCAUGUAAAGAUGAAAAAAAAUAUGAACUUCGUUGUUUCUAGUUUUCCA